AUUUGAAUGGCUAUCUAAAUAGCUAUAUGUUUUAAUCGCAAGGCUUCUAGAAUGAAGGAGCCAAGAUGCCUUUCUCGACCGUUGCAAUACUACUGUACUGCAGGGAAAGGCAUGGAGCAAUUUCUUGCUACGGAGGUGGUGUGUAAAUUGUCCGCUAGUGAUGUUAACCACGUAACGGGGAAAGUGUUUUUCACCACAUGUGCUGAUGUUAAGGAGGUGACAGGACUGAAGUCCGCGGAGAGGUUGUUUCUGUUGCUAAAGAGAUUACCGCCCCUCGCUGAAAAGGGAAACGCAGCACAGCUCAUCCAGGAGCAGAUCAUAGGCGAGCACCAGGCAUGGACGGAUGCACUGUCCCUGUGGCAGAGUCUCCGAAAGGCUCUGGAGGGGCACGACCUUGACCCAGUAGGCAGAGGACAGAGCAGGAAGAGGAAACGGGAAUGGGGUGAGAGUGAAAGGGAGGGGCCUGUUUUUGAAGGACCAGGACAGGUGAAAUGUCACGUCCCUGACAUGGAAACGGAGAAGGAGGCGGCUCCUCGGGUGGGGCUGCCACUGGUGGACGAGACCCCAGAGGAGCAUGGCGUACCUGGCUGCCAGCCAAAGGCAGUGACGUUCAGGGUCUGUUGUCGCACCAGUGGGGCUGUGUCUAGGAGGUUCAACUUCCAGGACCUGGGAAGGAUGAUUGGGGUGGCCAUUAGCAAACAGCUCGGCUGGAGGACAGACUUGAAAGAGCCUGAUCUGGAGGUCAAUGUACAUUUAAGUGACGACCAUUCUGUGCUCGGGCUACCGCUUCUAAGGCUUCCUUUAGCCAGUCGCAGUUAUAUCAAAACAGCAGGACUGCGAUGCACUGUAGCCUGGGCAAUGGCAUCGCUCGCAGACAUCAAGCCUGGGUCUUGUGUGCUAGAUCCAAUGUGUGGCAUGGGGACUAUACUAUUGGAAGCUGCCAAGGAAUAUCAAAAUUCCUUUUUCCUUGGCAUGGAUAUAGAUGGAUCACAGCUGGAGAAAGCAAGAGAAAAUGUACAAUUUGCAGAGCUUAAUCAAAGAAUUGAAUUGUUACAAUCAUCUGUUACAGCGAUUCCAGUUCCUUCAUGUAGCGUGGAUGCUGUCAUAUGUGAUAUUCCUUUUGGGAGAAAAUUUGGCUGCAAAGCUGAUAUGGCAGCUUCCCUGCCAGUUAUUGUGAAAGAAAUGGAGAGGGUGCUGUGUGUGGGUGGUGUGCUGGUGCUGCUGCUCAGCCCCCCACUCUCUGCCCUUCUGAGGAGGAGCUGCCAGCGUGCUGCUGCUGCUGCUGCAGUGAGCCAGCCGGGAGAACCCCCCUCUCAGCCCUCUCCAGGGAGAACAGGAGGCACAACCAGCAGCCACGCUACACCUGUCUUCCCCUCCCUAGAGCCCCUCGGUGUGCACAGAGUGAGUCUGGGAACGACUGACGCACUCAUUCACAAAUUCAGAAAGGUCUCCGUUCCGCGGGAGGGCUCCUGACCAAACAUUUCUGUUUUUGACAGGAGUUUUCCUUGACAGCAGGUGAUUCUGAAAUGUUUGUAUCUUUUUACUAAAAAGCUUAUCAUGUUGUCAUCAUUCAAAUGCAAAUCUUAUACAAAUCUCAUUUUCUGAUGUUUAUUUUCUGUAUGAGGCUAUAUGUUCGGGUAACAGAUCUUAAGAUCAGAGAAACAUUCCUUUUAUCUGUCAGCCACAUCUGAAGAGAGUGUUCUAAUGCCCCUUUGUGUUUCCUGUUGGUUUGCUUUGGAACCAAAGGUACACCUUCAAAAAUCCUUCUGAAAAAUUGCACCAAUCACAAAUUUGUA